AUGGAGAAGGAGGAUACUCUCAAGGCUCAGAUGCUACCUGUCCACCACAAAUCUUCGCCGACCUCGACGACGAAGUACAUCUUCACCACUAAGUCCGAGUCAAAGCCCACGAAACCGAUCCUCCUCCUAAUCCUCGCCUCCUUCCUCUCCCUCGCUAUCACGCUGGCGUGUCUAUUCGUUCUCUACAUGAUUCUCUUCUCCGGAUGGAACCUUAGAAGCUCGUUCCGUUACAGCGUGGUCAUCGACGCCGGAAGCUCCGGGUCACGAGCUCACGUGUUCCGGUACAGGGUCGAAUCCGGUAAACCGGUAUUCGACUUCGGUGAGGAGAACUACGCUAGCUUGAAGCUGAGUCCCGGUCUGUCCUCCUACGCUGAUAACCCGGGAGGAGCGAGCGUCUCGGUGAAGGAGCUGGUGGAGUUCGCGAAAGGGAGAGUUCCUGAAGGGAUGCUGGGGAGGAGCGAGAUCAGGUUGAUGGCGACCGCUGGGAUGAGGUUGCUUGAUGUUAGUGUUCAGGAAGAGAUUCUUGAGGUUACGAGAGGAGUUCUUAGAUCUUCUGGGUUUAAGUUUCAAGACGAAUGGGCUUCGGUUAUCUCCGGAUUUGAUGAAGGAAUGUAUGCUUGGGUGGUUGCGAACUAUGCACUUGGUUCUCUUGGAGGUGACCCGGUGCAUACAACUGGGAUUGUUGAACUCGGUGGGGCUUCUGCCCAGGUGACAUUUGUGUCAAGUGAGACUGCACCUCCUGGAUUCUCGCGUUCUAUAUCUUAUGGAGGUGUUUCUUACAAAAUCUACAGUCACAGCUACCUCCACUAUGGACAGGAUGAAGCACAGGAAGAGUUAUUGAAAUCACUCCAGAACUCAGCUGAAGAUGGAAUAGUUACUGAUCCUUGUACUCCUAAAGGAUACAUGUAUGAUAACAACUCAAUUCAGGCUGCUGGUAAUUACUCAGCAUGCCGAUCCGCUACAUUGGCAAAAUUGCAAGAAGGAAAGGAGAAUUGUGCUUAUGCGCAUUGUUCUAUUGGAUCAACAUUCACACCUGAUCUUCAAGGAAAGUUUUUGGCUACAGAAAAUUUCUACCACACCUCCAAGUUCUUUGGGUUGGACGAAAAAGAUUGGCUGUCUGAAAUGAUUAAAGCUGGAAAGAGUUUCUGUGGAGAAGAAUGGUCGAAGUUGAAAGAGAAAUACCCAACAACUAAAGAAAAAUAUUUGGAUGGAUAUUGCUUCUCAUCAGCGUAUAUUAUCUCAUUGCUUCACGACAGUCUUGGUUUUGCUCUUGAUGAUGAUAGAAUCGAGUUUGCAAAUAAAGCAGGAGACAAAGGAAUAGCACUAGAUUGGGCAUUGGGAGCGUUUAUACUAAACACUGACACAACCACUUCUGCUUACAGUGGUAGAUCCAGAAAAAUGCUUGGCUGAAGUUACGUAUCCAAAUACAUAAUAUGAUAUUUCAUGUUUCCAAUAAAACAUGUAAGUUAUGAUGUCAUGUAUUGUACGUUAAGCUGUUGUUGUUUCCUUUUUCUUUGUGAAAUAAGUAUAGCUACGAUCCUUAUAAUUGUGUUUGGGAUUUUCAAAGCUUUUACAUUAAGAGCGUCUGUUUUCA